AUGGGCUUGGCUGCUCCCCGAAAGAAAACCAAGAUCUCCAAUGAUCCCAAUAACACGCAAUGGGCCCGGUCGACAACCGGCUUCGGCCAUCGAAUUAUGAGUUCCCAGGGCUGGACCCCAGGUGGUCGCUUAGGGGCUCGGGAUGCCGCGCAUGCUGAUCUGUUAACGGCCGCUAGCCACUCCCAUAUCAAAGUGACGAUCAAGGAUGAUACCCUGGGACUGGGCGCCCGUGUCGGGCGGGAGACGGAACCGACCGGUUUGGAUGCUUUCAAGGGUUUGCUUGGUCGAUUGAAUGGCAAAUCAGAUGGGGAGUUGAAGCAGGAACAGCGCAAGAGAGACGAUGUGAAACUGGCCCGAUAUGUCGCUCUGAAAUUCCAGGAGGUUCGCUUCGUCCACGGUGGACUCCUGGCUCAAGAGAAAGUGGAACACCUACCCGCUUCAAAGCCUCAGGAGAGUCAGAAGAAUUCUGAAUCGAACGGAGAUAAUCAACAAUCCGACGAAGAGGAUGCUUCAUCCAGCGACUCGUCGACCGCGGUCCGGAAGUCGAAAUCGAAGUCCAAAUCCAAAUCCAAAUCCAAAUCCAAGUCAAAAUCUUCGAAGAAGUCCCGCUCAAGCACUGACGACGAUGAGAAUUCCGCCUCGAUUUCCGAUUCGAAGAAGAAAAAGAAAUCCAAGAAGAGAAAGGCAGAUGCGGCUGAGACCACCUCCACCGAACAGGCGGAUGCACCAUCUCAACAAGAGUCUGAGCCUUCCAAAUCCACUCUAGAAAAGACAACAGUCUCACGGGAGCGGCGGCCAAUGGGUCGACAGGCAUUCCGAAGCCGACAUAUCGCACAGAAGAAAAGGGCGCUCAUGGAUGAUAAAUCUCUAAAUGAGAUUUUCAUGGUGAAAGCAAAAGCAUGA